CAGAUAAUUCUUCACAUACAUAUAUCAAAUUGAAACAACCAUUUGCCACUGGGAGAUUACCUAUAGCCGUUUAAACAAACGUAUAAUCACGCCCGAGACGAACUCCCUUAUCUAAAGCCAUAAGGAGGUCGCUCUCAUUCUCUGACAAUUUCGUGCCACAGAAUAAACACAUACUAGCACGAAAUAUGGCAGGACACAACUCUAAGAAGUUUGAGAAAUUUAAGGUGACGGGUUCUGUUGCUGCACCAUUCACUCCCUUCCGCCAUAAUGGAGAGAUCAAUUUUGACAAAUUUGAAGAAUACGCCAACUACCUAAGAAAUCACCACUUUCAAUAUGCAUUUGUUAAUGGUACGUUAGCAGAGGGAAUGUCAAUGACCCUGGAAGAGAGAAAGAAGUCGGCAGAGGCAUGGGUAAAGGCGUCGAAUGGAAAACUAAGGAUUAUUCUUCAUGUUGGAACUAGCAAUAUCCGAGAUUCACAAGAACUUGCAAGACACGCUAGUGCCAUUGGAGUGGACGCUAUAGCAUCACUAAGUCCAUCAUUUUUCAAGCCUGCCAACGCGGAAAUGGUUGUUGAAUGCAUGUCAGAGAUUGCAGGGGCAGCUCCAGACUUACCCUUCUUUUAUUACUGCAUCAACUUUGUUACGGGAAUAUACGUCGAUCCGUCCAAAGUUCUCAAGCGAGCAAGGGACAAGAUUCCGAAUUUAGUCGGUAUUAAGCAUUCUUCAAGAGAAUUGAAUAACGCACAUAACUGUACCUUGGUUGAUCCAAACCGAUUCCAAGUUUUGAUGGGAACAGACUCACAAUUUUUACCAUAUUUCACUUAUGGUAUUGACGUUCCGGUAACUGCGCCUUACAUGGGAACCUUAUUCUACAAACUGAAAACUGCUUACGAUUCCGGAGACACCAAAUCAGCGCAAGCCAUUCAAAAUCGGAUUUUGGAACUAAAUAACAUUCGAGGAAAAUACGGGGCUGGAAUAGAAAUAGCCAAGACCAUGUUUGGUAUAAUUAGUGGAAUGGAUAUAGGACCGGUACGGUUGCCAAUCUCAAAAAUAACAACUGAGACAUACAACUCACUCAAGAAAGAUCUGAAUGAGUUUGGCUCUGUGGAAUAAUUGUAGAUAUGAUGAGACUUCUGAGUGAUUUUGCUUUGAUUUUUAUGUACAAGUGUUGAAGAUUUUGUUUAUUUCGUGGUUUGGGUACCUAAUGGAAUUAAAAAAGAAACAAGAAAAUUA